GAUCCCGUGGCAAUAAAAGAAAAAGAGGAACUACAUGCGCAAAAAUUAUCGGGGAAAGUGAAAGUGUAAACAACGAUGUACGGAAAGGGAACUGCAUGAAAUCUAAAAUGAUUCUAUUCUGUUUGCCUAUUAUGCGGCAUCACUGGAGCGUGGGUACACUGAAUAGCAAGCGAUGAUCAAAAGGCCGGAGAGAAUAAUAAUUCUAACCCAAGAUCCCAAGGCCACUUUUCCGGAGUACGAGUUUUAUAGCAAGUGAAUAAUACAAACGGUACUCAACUGUCCUUAUUUUGGUUUCUGAAGAAGUAAAUAAUUGAGCGCCACUUCAUGGUAUACAGUUUGCACUUUCGGUAUGUAAAGUUUAAUUCUGCAUUGAGAAGUGACAGCGACGCCACACGUACAGUCGCUUUAGAUUGGAUCUAGGCCUAUUUGCUGUUCAUUCUUAUCUUAUUUAAUUUAGCUGCCACGCAUGUCAUGUGCUCCUUCUUCCCAUCGUGAUUAUACAACGUACAUGGUGAAGAAUUAUACUGAUAUCAUGGCUGUCGGGUCAACAGAAGUGGACAUCAAAAUGGAUCUGUUACAGCAGUUUUGGAUCUUCACCUUAGUGACCGUACACCUCUUUGUUAGUCCAUCGAGUUGUACCGACAAGCUCUUUGUGGCCGAUGCGUACAACGGCACCAUCCUCUUGGCCGAGACAGACGGGUUAAGCUUCGUCAAAAGUUCCUUCAACCGGCUCCCCUUCACAGGACUUGAACUGCCGGUCGGUGUGGAGUUUGAUUCCAGGACAGAGAUCGUCUAUUGGACAGAUGCCUCCCUGCAUACAGUCAAUAGGGCUGCUCUGAACGGCUCCAUGCAGGAGGUCAUCGCCCAGUUGGACCCGAUAAGUAUCCCGGCGAAUUUCGAAUAUCCCUAUGGGAUCGCCCUGAACCUCGACGAAAACAAGGUUUACUGGGCCGACCAGUACCACGAUGUGAUCGAGAUGGCGGACCUUGAUGGCUCCAAUAGACAAGACUUGAUAUCCACUGGCUUCAAUACGAACGCGGCUGGAAUAGUUUACUCAACAAUUCGAAGGAAAAUCUUCUGGACGGAGCAAGGACCAAGCCCAAAGAUCGAGAUGGUUAAUCCUGAUGGGACUGGGCGAGAAGUCCUGGUAGAUUCCGAUCUUGAGAGUCCAAACGGCAUAUGUCUCGAUUCGGCAGAGAGGAGGCUGUAUUGGACCGAUCCAACUAGGGACCGAAUCGAAAGUAUUCAUCUAGACGAAAUGACCCGACUCUCACACAUUGAGUUAAGCAAUCUCGACAUCCAUCCGUUUGGUAUUGCAAAGUAUUUUGAAGAUUUCUACUUCUCUGACCUUAACUUCGACGGCGUUUAUGCUGCUGACUUUCCGGACAAUAGCCUUCAUCUAGUUGACCGUUAUUUGCCCACCCCUGUCGAAAUACACAUCUAUGCAGAUACGAGCUGUCCAGGUUUUAACCUUUGUGACAACACUGGAGAAUGCAUUUUGACUACUCGGCAACCCGAGACCAAAUUUGUUUGCAUAUGCGAACCGGGUUACACCGGAGUUUACUGCGAGCAAGUUAUAGACGACUGCGCCUCAUCACCCUGCAUUAACGGCAGUUGUAGCGACGCUGGAGUGUUAUCCUACGAGUGCACCUGCCAAGCCGGAUUCACAGGGCGUAAUUGUGAAAUUGACAUCGACUCAUGUGAUCCGUCACCUUGUCUUAAUGGUGCGACUUGUGUGGAUGAAUUACUGGGAUACGCUUGCGAGUGUGCUGUGGGCUUUACUGGAGAUACAUGUGAUGAAGAUAUUAACGAAUGUCUUCGCAGUGAUGCCUGUGGCGUUAACGAGGAUUGCACAAACACGAUUGGAGGAUUCCAGUGUGAAUGCAGGGAAGGUUCACACAUGAGAAACGGCGAGUGCAAAUUUUCACUGUCUGUAGGUGGCGCUAUACAGUUUACACGGAUAAACGGCGAAGAUGCUGAAUUCACUGAUGAACUCAAUGACCCAAUGUCAAAUGAAUCCAUGACUAUGGAGACAAGGUGUCACAAAGUCCUACAUACAGUUAUAAUGAACAUCAUGAGCACACAAAGCAGCGAGUGGGAUAUUGACAUCACUGGAUUUUCAGCAGGCAGUAUCGUGGCCGAAUUCGAAGUCAUGAUCUUCGAUUCUGAUAGGAAUAUCUUGAAAGACCAAGCAAUAGCAUUGGAGACGUCCCUUGGGCUUCAGGAACCUGGUAUUUGGCAAUCUGCAGACGGUUCCGUUAAUCUCAACGUGGAAUCCGUCAUUACAUACGGUGAGGUAUGUCUUACAGUUCAAUGCGUGUAUGGGACCUGCCGUACAGUACCCGGAGAUCCGAACUAUUCGUGUGCCUGUCAGACAGGAUACACGGGAGAGUAUUGCGAAACAGUGAUCACCUGUCCCUUGCCCGACCAUCCACUUAGCCACGUUGUACAACCUCAGAGCGUUUACAUGCCAGAGGAUCUGAUCACCAUAGAAUGUGAUGAGAAAGACGCAUCAGUGAUAUGGAGAUGUGAUGGGAUCUCAGGAGAAUGGAUUCAACUGGCUGAUCUGGAUUGUCAAACAGAUGGAAAUGGAUUGCCGAUCGGAGCUCUCAUUGGUAUUGUGGCUGGGGCAUUGUUCGUUCUGAUAAUUGGAAUGUUCCUCUGUUUCCUUUACAAGUUUGUAAAUAGGAAACGAAUGAAUACAUUAAUUACUAAUGGCGUCCAGCUUAACGAACGGCAGAACAACCUUGCUGUCAGUCAUCCACCCAUGGGGGCUACGGGUGGAAUGCCGUACCCCUGUGCUGAAGGGAAGAGUUUAGACGAUCCUACCUACGCGUCACCAAGUGAUUUUCCCUCUAACGACUACAUAUCGAUGUACGCGACACGUAUAGCAGGUUCUCUUGAGAAAGGUAGCAGGUUCGGAACACUACCUGCAAUUCCAAAGGCAGCGCCCCAUCUUCCUGUUCGGCAUCUUGCACCCCUUCAGAUGGACGGGGCGGGCGUAGAGGCGCUCCCCCCUGAGUAUUCUGUUUGUGACCCCUCUGCCAGUGGUCUGGCAGGGGGCGAGAUGUACGAGUCAACGAUCAGAUCUGACAAUCCUACUAACGACAUGAUGCCCUCUCCGUCAACUGUCCCGAAAAAUUUGAACCAUAAUCAAUUUGGACAGGCGUCUUGUCGGGCAACAGAACCGUUCGAUGAUUAUCUGUACAUGAAACCUUAUUAAGAUCGUGGUUAUUUGUUUCUUGACAUAUGUGUCCUAAUAUUCUAAAAUUUGUAAAAUGAUGAUGACGUUUAUCUUUCCCAAAAUCAGAAUUGAAGUGUUACUUCUUCAUUUUAAUUAACUAUGAUUUCGUAUGUUCAUGAUAAUGUUCAAUGUAUCCUUAUAAAUUUAGUCCUAAGAUAUAUGAAUGGUGUAAUCAUUAUUUGAGUGUAUAUAUACAUGUUUAUACUAUUGUAAAUAUUAGAAGACGAAAUUGUCUGUUUAGAGCCAGAAGGGCAUAACUCUGUGUUAAUAAUGUAUACACACCUGUAU